GCCUCUCUUCGCACACUGUCUCGUGACAAUGUUGAGAGAUCGCAGGAAUGCGACCCUAUCUGUGCCAAAUUUGUCGACGCAUCUCUCACUAGUUUGCAUCCAACCCGCUGUCACAUCGAUUCCCCCUGCGCAGAGUAUUCGUGGCGCACACUUGGGGUCGUCUAAAUCCCAUGUUCCGAUGCAGUCUCUGGAAUGAGCGAAAUCCGGAAGCGUCUGAAAGGAUUCUGUGGGAGAAUUGAUUUUGUUAGUGUAAGUGAGUAGUCGCUGUGUGGAGGGAAUAUUUUUAGGAUUUGUCUUGAGUGGUGGGUCGAGAUGGUGGUUUCUACAGUGCUGCAAGCAGCCCAGGGGUCGCUGGCCACGGCCUCGACCAGCCGGCUCGGAUCAGCUGGGUUCCACAAGGAAGGAUUGUUUGGAGCGCAAUGCAGGCACCGAAGCAUCGGCGUAGUUGGUACGCGACGAUCGUUGUCCAUUCGCGCCUCCUCGGAUAUGAAUUCCAAGGAUCACGAAGUCUCACCCAACGUUCUCACGAAAAUUCUCCAGACAUGCGCUACGUGCGUGGCUGUUACAGCUGCAUUGCUCACGCCCUUGUCUGCAACAGCUUCUGAUGUUGCCUUCCAAAGGGGUCCAGCUAUCUCUGAACUGAGUGUCUUGAUUUCGGGUCCUCCCAUCAAGGACGCCAAUGCACUGCUUCGGUAUGCUCUUCCCAUUCAGAAUAAACCUAUCAAAGAGGUGCAGAAAUCCCUUGAAGAGAUUACCGAAGAGAUGAAGGUUCCAGGCGAGAAAGCGCUUGGGCCAGUAGAACGGAGCGUACGGCAGGCUGCACGUGUAUUUAAUCAGAACAAGGCGCAAAUCUUAGCAGACAUAGCCCCCGCAAAAAAACAGGAGGCUGAGCAGCUUCUGAGCAGUCUUGAAGACGGACUUCAAGACUAUCAAAAGCAGUUGGAGACUAAGGAUCGAAGUACUGUUUUCCCCAAGCAGAAGGAGCUUCUCCGUCUGGUGGGCAACAUUGAGGAGGCCAUGGUAUCAAAAUUUCCAUUUGAGAUACCGGAGGAGUUUGCCAACAGACCUCUUCUUAAGGGACGAGCUACUCUGGAAAUGAAAGUUAACGUUAAAGACAACCCGAAUGUGAAAGAUGCGGUUCUCCAGAUCGUAGUGGAUGGUUACAAUGCCCCAGUCACUGCUGGCAACUUCGUUGAUCUUGUCCAGCGCAAAUUUUACGAUGGCAUGGAAAUUCAACGAGCGGAUGGAUUUGUGGUACAAACUGGAGACCCCGAGGGACCCGCUGAUGGUUUUGUGGAUCCAGCUACUGGCAAAGUGCGAACUGUUCCAUUGGAGAUCAUGGUGGACGGCGAGAAAGAGCCCAUCUACGGUGCCACGCUUGAGGAGCUUGGCAAGUACAAGGCAACAACAACACUGCCCUUCAACGCGUUCGGUACCAUGGCAAUGGCCCGGGAGGAAUUCGAUAACGACUCUGGAUCCAGUCAAGUGUUUUGGCUCCUGAAGGAGAGCGAGUUAACACCCAGCAGCGCUAACAUCCUUGAUGGUCGUUACACAGUGUUUGGUUAUGUGACUGAGAACGAAGAGUUGCUAGCCGAUUUUAAGGUUGGUGACGUGAUUGAAAGCAUUCGUGUAGUCAAUGGCUUGGAGAACUUAGUAAACCCAAGUUACUAAGUAGGUGCUGCCUGGGCACCUCCUGUAGUCAUAGACCCAUUCUUGUGAAGACAAAAAACUAACUCUUCCAUUUGUCUUCUUUCUUUGUUGGAGUACAAUCUUGUGUAAUAAAACGUUGCAAGAUUCUUUACAAGA